AGUGAGAAACCCCGAACCCGCAGUUCUCCGGAUGAUCUCUGCAGUGGCUCGACCAUUGAGGGUCUUCGCACCAUCUCAAGGUCCUUACAAGAGCUCUGUAGUUGGCAUACGGCUGCGUGGUGAAAAGGAGAGUUGGGUGAUGCUUGAGGCCAUUGGCGUCGCCUGCCGGUCCGAUCCUACAUUUGCCAGUAAAAUUAAACAGACACGCAAUAAUCCCAAAGCCCGCAUGGCCGUUGUUUGGGGUAUCUGUAAAAGCAAGAUGACAUGUGAGGCAGAUGAAGUCAAAGACGAGGAUCAGGAGGCUGGUCAGCCAACAGAAGUCAAGAAAGGGCAUGGUGGAUGCGGUCAUCAUCAACCUCAGAUUCGGAAAGAAGGCCUAAAACUUUUCUACAACUACAAGAAGCAGAAUGAUGACGAGAAGCAGGUCUCGGCAGCGGAGGUCUUUAGCGUGUUUCGCAAGAUAUCAGGAGAAGACCUUGAGCUUCUUGGAUUGUCUGAAGCCUAUGCUCGACCGGAUUGGAUGAUCUUGACUGUGCUUCCUGUACCACCUCCACCGGUGCGACCUUCCAUCUCGGUUGACGGAGGCGUUCGACGCAGUGAAGAUGACUUGACCUACAAGCUCGCAGAAAUCAUCCGUGCCAGCGGGAAUGUUCGCCGGAGCGAACAAGAGGGCGCGCCUCCGCAUAUAGUGUCCGAAUAUGAGCAGCUACUUCAAUAUCACGUGGCUACUUAUAUGGACAAUGAUAUUGCAGGGGUUCCUCAAGCUAUGCAGAA